AUGGUGGCCGCCUCCACCUCCUUCGGCUACCACUCGCUGAGCAGUUGCAGCACCUGCAGCGGGGGCAGCAACUGCGGCGGAUCGCGGUCCGCCCACCACCAGCACCACUCCUCGGGCACGGCCACGCCCUCGUCCUCGCAGCGAUCCUGCACCAGAUGCCAGAGCUUCCACCGCCACCACCACCGCUCCAGGCGCCGCAGCUCGGGGAUGCAGUUGCGCGGCGACUACAACUCCACCACGGCGGUGAACAGCGCCCUGGCCAAGACCAUAGUCACCAUCAGUGCGCCUCCGGUGGCGGCUGCCUCGGCCAGUUCCCUGCACUUGGGCGUCGGCGGACGUCCUUCCUCGGUGUCCACCCUAACGAUCGCCUCGGUGCCGCCCACUUUGAGUGGCAGUGGCAGUGCAGGGGGCUCUGUGAGUGGGGCCACCACUCCACUGGCGCCCAGUCUCAAGGCCCUGACCCCGGGACCGUCGAACUCGUCGGGUCACCACGUGUCCUUCAUGCCCAUGACGGGCAUGAAACGGUUACGCAGCUCGAACGCCUCGCUGGGAUCUCCGAACGGAGUCAUCAGCUCUGUGGGCGGAGCGGACACCACCUCGGCGCCCUCGCUCAUCGAUGCCAGCGAGGACCAGGUCCAGAUGAGGAACACAUCCACCCACAGGAUCCUGGAGCAGUGCCAGAGUGUCCAGAGCCAAAUAACUACUCUCGGCGACGUGGAGGACGACGAGGAGGUCAGCGACAGUGAGAGCGAGAGCAUCGGACUCGCCCUGGUGGAGACCACGCCCCAACUGGAGAGCCAGCCCGUGGAGGCAUCGAGUUCCUCCAGCUCCUCGGUCAAGUAAACUCAGCAACAGAACCACGGAAACAAGCCCAGAAAUUAGCCUUAAGAUACAACCAUAUACAUAGGUGUGUUUAUCCGGAGCGGUCGAUGGGAGCGGAAUAUUUUGGACACUUCUAAGCCAGUCAGAUUUGUAUUCCCUAUAGCUACCAGUUCCACCAGCUCUUCAGGUUUCAGUCAGGAAGUGCACCAUGUGCACCAGGAAAAGUAAUCAUUUGGCCAGCAAAGAUAUGCGUGUGUAGCUAGUUUUACCUUCAAGCGAAUCAAUAGCACAGCUCAAACCGAAUUGCAAUUGGCCUAGAAGUAUCCAUUGAGUGCCGCCACCCCAUGGGCAGCCCAUCCGAAGUGUGUACAUAGCAAUCUAGACUCGCCUAGCCACUCAUUAGCUUAUCGAUCGGUGAUAGAACACUAUGCAACAGGAAAGCCCCCCUACAUCGGCUCCUUACCACCGGGUUGCAGUGGUUGCAUAGUGGGAUUAGUGUAACUGUUAGCUCUCAUAUCUUAGAUCUUCCAUUAUGUAAAUGUUUGUUCUGUGAAUCCGUUCUGUAAAUGUCCCAAACGUCUAGCAAUUGAAUUGAAAGCUACGUCUUCAACCUGUCCAAGUACCUGACUCUGUGAAAUCCAAGAAGAUACUAUGCGAAUGUACAUAGCUUUACUUUGACUCCUCUGUCGCUCAACUAGCUUUUCUGUUACUCGAAACUUGCUUGUUCGUUAUCAAAUGAAAUUCUACGGGUGCAAUAUGAAUUUAUACCAAGUUAAGGACUCGAACAAUCAGGCAAACAGGCUUCAAGACCAGUUCCCAGUCGUAGGAGGUCCAAGUACAAAGUCAUAAUCACUGCAGUUGUUGGCUAAUUAUCUGCCCAUCCUCUACUAUGUUCUUUGAACUACAUACUCGUACAUAUGUAUAUCCAAUAUAGCAAUAUGCAUAGGCUGCAUUUUAAUUGUGCUUCAGACAGCCGAAAGUUCGGAAAUUGCGGCAGCUUAAUGAAUUAAUCCCUCAAAAGGCUCGCCCUUCCAUUUCGGUACCACUACAUGUAUGCUUAUGAUGGCUAAGCUCCUCCGAUUCCGAUUCCGAUUCCGAUUUUGCAAUAAUUAAUGUGUGCAAUUAGGAUUGAUUGCCCCGCCCCCAGGGUCGGCGAAUAAAUCGAGCACGAGAAUGGGGUUUUUGUGCGGAAAACUAAUAACAAUGGCGAGACGUCAGUUUAAUGGAUGAGUGGGAACAAACCAUGGAAAAAUGUUGCUCAUUGUUUUCAAAAAACAAACAAAGCGGAAUGGCUGCUGGCCAGGGGAAAGCGGAGAAUGAGGAAUUCCAAACAAAUGGCAAUUAUUAAUAUUGAAUAUGGUAGCGCAUAAGUGACAUACAUAGCUCAUAGAGUCCUCGUUGUGUCUGUAUCGGUGUAUCGGUGUAUCGGUGUGCAAGCAUGUCUAGUCUAAGUGUACAUGUAAAUGCAUUAUCCUUAAGCAUUAUCCUUAAGCUCCGAGCAAGAUUGUAAACUCAAUUGAUUGCCACGCAGCCUAGGCUAAGCUGCAAGUGCAAACGGCAAACCUAGAUUUAUAUAUUGAGUGUACUAUACUGUAACUACCAUAUACAAACUACGCAAGGAGAUUAAAAAGCGACAAC